CAUCUUCCCCGAGCUCCCGGGGCUCGCGGGCUGAGACGCCUCUCUCUCACCGCCCCUCGCCGCGGCCCUUUCUCUCCGCGGCACCUCGGAGUUCCUCGGCCCGGUGGCGGCGGCAGCGGGGACCCGAGCAGCGGCGAGCGGCCUCGAGGAUGAAGUGCAAACCGAACCAGACGCGGACCUACGACCCGGAGGGGUUCAAGAAGCGGGCGGCGUGCCUGUGCUUCCGGAGCGAGCGCGAGGACGAGGUGCUGUUAGUGAGUAGCAGUCGGUACCCGGACCGCUGGAUCGUGCCGGGCGGGGGCGUGGAGCCCGAGGAGGAGCCGGGCGGUGCUGCCGUCCGCGAGGUGUACGAAGAGGCGGGAGUCAAGGGGAAGUUAGGCCGGCUCCUGGGCAUUUUCGAGCAGAACCAAGAUCGCAAGCACAGAACGUACGUGUAUGUACUGACUGUCACUGAGAUUCUGGAGGAUUGGGAAGAUUCGGUUAGCAUUGGGAGGAAGCGAGAGUGGUUCAAAAUCGAAGAUGCGAUCAAGGUUCUCCAGUGCCACAAGCCCGUGCAUGCCGAAUAUCUGCAAAAACUAAAGCUGGGCGGUUCCCCAACCAGUGGAAACUCCAUGGCCCCGUCCCUGCCAGAGAGCGAUUCCUAGUAUGUACCGCUCCUGCACAGACCCUUGCUUUCCACCUACCUGACGGUGAAUGGCAUAGAUGUUGUUCAGAUUUACUUUGAAAGAAUCAAGUAUGUGAACCCUAUGAUGAAUGGAAUUGUGAAG